AAUGAAGUACUACCUAGAGACGUUGCCUCUGAGAUAGCCACAGGCUUCAUUAAGGACGUGGUAGACUAUUGCGCGAUCCUCAACAACGAGGAGGAGAAGCUAAAUGAGACUGAAUUGCAAUCUGCCUAUCAUCAAGCCAAGGAUAUGCUUGAAGUGUUGAGCUACUUGGGUGUGGAGGACAAAGUCGAAGAAGAAGUUAUCGAAGUAAGUAAUCCGAGGUUUGAUAUACUUUUCUAG